AUGAAUUAUGGUCAAGAAAAAGAAAAUGCACAUCAACUAUAUGUAGAACAUUAUGAAUCAGUCAGCAAUAAUUCGGAUGAUAGUUUUCUAUCAUUCGAUGAUGAUUUAAAAAUUGCUAUUCAAUCGGGUGAAAUUGAAAAUAACAAUAACACAAUGGAUAAAGAUUUUGAAUUUGUUAGAAAGCAUGCGAAAGAUGCAAAUCCAAAAUUCAUUCAAUCAUUAUUAAGUUCUUACAAUGGUAAUCCUAAUAAAUUAGAAACUGUGAUGUGCGAAAUACUACAAGUUCCAAAUGCUCAAAAACUGAUUCGAGAAUUCAGAAACAAGUCUGUUACAAUGGGUGAAAAAAGAGUGGGCGGUGAUAUUGAUUUAGAAACUCACAUCGAUAAUAAAAAAGUAAAAGCUAGCAGCCAUGAUUUGUUGUAUUAUGCGAAAAUUCACGACAUAUUUCCAGAUGUUGAUGAAUUGUUUUUAAAAAAAGAAUGCAAGCUCAUGAAAGACUUGAAGGAUUGUUCUAGAUUUAUAAAUACAGUUAUGAUAUGUGGGCUUUACCCGAAAAAAGAAAUAAUUGAUUUGUCGUUGGAUAACGGUUUUACAAGUGCCUCGAGUAGCACUGUCAAUUCAUGGGAUGUCGAAAAAAAUAAUAGAAAAAAAAAAAAAAAAGUAAGUUUUGAAGAGGAAAUAUCACGUUUAAAUUUUUCUAUCUCUAAUGACCAAAUCAAGAUAAAAAAUAAUGAUAGUUUUAUUUGUGAAUCGUCUUAUAAACCUGACUCUCUUUCAAAUUCGACUGAAAUAAUUGAUGUAGAAGAUAGUAACGAUAGUAAGACAUAUGAUAUUUUACAUGGUGGCAAUGUAGAAAUAUUAAACGAUUUGAUUGUUAAUCAAACGGAAGAAGAUAGUAAUACAGAUUCUACUUUAAACGAUGAUGAAAAUUCAAAUGGGAAAAGUGAUUCUACAGGGGAAAACGAUGAUAGCCUCAUGAUGGAGGAGGAGGAGGAGGAGGAGAGUAAUUUUGAAUGCUCUCAAAUCGAACCUGUACCAUCAACGUCAUCAUGUCAAUUUUCAUCGAAUGCAAUCGAGAUAAUGGAAAUAGAUUUGAACGACGAAUCGAAAACUCUUUCAGACUCUAACAAUGAGGAAACGAAUUCUGGAAACGACGUCCCCGACGUGGAAGAUUUGGACGACGUUACGAAAAUCACGGAGGAAUCGUUAAACGAACAACUUGCGAAUCUCGUUAAAAUUUUCCCAAAAACAGAUCCAUCUUAUUUGAGACAGAAAAUAUUGAAAUUAAAUAAUUCUCCCGAGGAGAUAAAUGCAUUCGUCAUAUCCAAAUUGGAGAGGAACGACAUGCCGACGAGAGAGGAUUACGAGAAAAAAUUAGAAAUGGAAGAUUUGCAAAAUAGAUACACGAAAAAUUUUUCCAUAAGUCAUUUUCUCAAAGUCGUUCCAGAUCCUUGGACGUAUUUUAAAAAUAACAACAGGAACUGUGCCAAGUACAAAGCUCACAGUUUAUGCUAUCUGAAAACAUUUUUCAAAAAUCACUACGUGAGAGAUUUAAUACACGCUUUUCACGAAAAUAAUUUUAACCUUUAUCUGAGUUGUAAAAGUUUAAUUAAAAACAAAGGUAGGCUUCGGAAAGCGAGGCGAUCUAAUAUCGAAUGCGUUAGUACACGACCCACGACUAUUGACAUACAAUUUUUACAAGAAGUAGCUUUUAUAGAAAACGAAGACAAGAUUAGGGAGUAUCUGGAAAAUGAAAGUGUCACGAGAAAGAGAAAAUUUGAAGAAGCUAAAAAUUCAGGGACUCUAUUAGAGUGUCAAUGUUGUUUCGAUACCGAAGUUAUGGUCGAAGAUACGAUAUAUUGUCCCAAGGAUCAUUCAUUUUGUAAAGAUUGCGUUAUAAAGUACGUCGAAGUCGAAAUGGGAAAUGGAAAAUGUCAAUUUAAAUGUCUCGCAAAUUGUGAAGAAAAUUUUACACUCGCUUAUUUGCAGAAAGUUCUCAAACCGGAAUUGUUUUCAAAAAUAGUUCAAGCGAAUCAAAUGGAAGAAAUUAAAUCGGCCGGCAUCGAAGAUUUGGUUCAGUGUCCGUUUUGCAAUUAUGCGACAAUUUUACCUCCCGAAGAAAAAGUUCUCACGUGUUUGAAUCCGGAAUGUUUGAAAGAGUCUUGCAGGUUGUGUCAAGAAUUAAAUCACAUACCUUUGAAGUGCGACGAAGUUGAAAAGUCGGAAGAUGUUAAAAUGAGAACUUUUAUUGAAAACAAAAUGACGGAAGCUUUAGUCAGAACUUGUUAUAAAUGCGGAAAGAAAUUUGUCAAAGAAGAUGGUUGUAAUAAAAUGACUUGCACGUGCGGAGCCAAAAUGUGUUACGUUUGUCGUAAACCCGUUCAAGACUAUUCACAUUUUAACGGUCAAGGCGGUACGGAAUACGAAAAAUGUCCGUUGUAUUCUACAAACGAUGAACUCCACGUGGAUUUAGUUAAGAAAAUAGGAGAACAAGCCAAGGCUGUGAUUUUAAAAUCGAAUCCUCAGGGAAGACUCAUGCACGAUCCGACCAUUGUCAUGCCUGAGAGAUCUCACGAUCAUCCCAUGCCCGGUGUUGCAAAUAAUGGCAUCGCAUUGAAUCUCGGUUUGCGUGCCGUAGCAGAAAUAGCUAAUUUGCAAGUACCUAAAAUUGAACGCCAGAGACCUAAAUGUCAGGCAAAUGUUGUGAAAAAUCAUCGUGUUCAACGUCACAACAUUCAUCACAACAGGACCAACGAUCGCAGACAAAGUAUUAAUAAUAGAAAUGCUGAUUCUCCUGCUCGAGGAAAUCGACAUAAUAAUAAUAAUAAUAAUAAUAAUCAUAAUCAUAAUCAUCACCAUCAUCAUCAUCAUCGUCACAAUCAUCAGAAUCAUGAAAAUGUUCAUCGUAAUCGUUCUCAUCCUUAG